AUGGCGCCGAAAGUGAAGAAGGAAGUUCCUGCCCCUUCCAAAGCUGAAGCUAAAGGAAAAGCUUUGAAAGCCAAGAAGGCAGUGCUGAAAGGCAUCCACAGCCACACACACACACACACACACACACACACACACACACACAAAAUCCAUAUAUCGCCCACCUUUUGGAGGCCCAAGACUCUUCGGCUGCAGAGGCAGCCCAAAUAUCCUCAAAAGAGCACCCCCAGAAGAAACAAGCUUGACCCCUAUGUCAUCAUUAAGUUCCCCCUGACAACUGAGUCUGCCUUGAAGAUAGAAGACAAUACAUUUGUGUUCAUUGUGGAUGUCAAGGCCAACAAACACCAGAUAAAACAGGCUGUGAAAAAGCUCUAUGAUAUUGAUGUGGCCAUGGUCAACACUCUAAUCAGGCCUGAUGGAGGGAAGAAGGCAUAUGUGCGAUUGGCUCCUGAUUAUGAUAUUUUGGAUGUUGCAAACAAAAUUGGGAUCAUCUAAACUGAGUC